ACCCUCAAAACUACAACUCCUUAUCUUUGGCUGAGAACCGUUUAGCGCGGACCACGACUUCACCUGCCCCUCCUGGCUGAGUUCAGUCCAUUAUCGGUCGCGAAGUUUGAAAGUGUCGUUUGAGCAAGUUCUCGGAUCGCGGCAAGUUUUCCCAAGAAAUUGGUAACGAUUUCGAAGAAUUCGAGGAAAACUAAAGUGUGUUGCAAGGUGUGACAAUGGCCCGCGGGGAAGGCAAAGGUGAAAGUGUGGCCAAGCUGGCCAACCAGAUUGCGGCCAUCAAGUACACGCUGUUCAGCUUUAACAUUGUGGCUUGGAUCAUCGGCGCCGGUCUGUUCGCUUUCUCGAUCUACAUCCGGGCCGAGCCGGGCAUCGACGAGUGGAUCCGGCUGCUGGACAUCUACGAGUACUACAUCGGCGUGUACAUCCUGAUCGGGGCCGGCGCCCUCGUCAUGAUUUUCUCCUUCCUGGGCUGCUGCUCCGCGCUGAUGGAACACUCGACGGCACUGUACGCGUUCAUCGGCACGCAGGUCUUCCUGUUCCUGGCGACCAUCGCCGGCUCGGCCAUCAUCCUGGCCUACUCGACGACCGACUCCAGCGUCCAGCCGCUGAUCCGCCAGACGAUGCUCCGCUUCAUCAGCACCUCCGAGUACCCGCACUCGUUGGCCGCCCUCAAGCUGAUCCAGGAGAGUAUCGGCUGCUGCGGCGCAGACGGCCCCAACGACUACAUGGUGAUGCGCCAACCCCUUCCCACCGAGUGCCGUGACACCGUGACCGGAAACGCGUUCUUCCACGGGUGCGUCAACGAGCUGACCUGGUUCCUGGAGGACAAGUCCGUGUGGGCCGCCGUGAUGGCCAUGAUUCUGGCUGCGAUUCAUACCGCCAACACCGUCCUCGGCAUCGUCCUGGUUCAGGCUCUCAAGCGUGAGGAAGAAGCCAUGUACAGACGCUAAAGCGAAGUGACUACCAACCAAGUGCAACAUCAUCAGUUUUAAGAAUAUGACAGUUUUUCCUCUAAUUUUAAGGUCUAAUUUACAAACGCGUAGAAAAAUAAGCUCAGCAAACCCCGGAAACUUCCAAGUACACAACCCAACCACACAGGUCGCAAAUUGUUAAGAACAACUUCAUUUUUUAACCUAAUUACGAGAAAUAAAAGUUCUUCUCCCUGGUUUUGCGGGUGAGAAACCCCCGA